CAUCGUCUGAUUAACAUGGAACCGUAAUGUAAGAGCGAAGUUGGAACGUCGAUGGAAUAUUGAUCCCUUCUUCUUCGAACGAUCCGUUUUCAGUCUCCGAAUAUGGAUGAAGAUUUGGUGAAGCGCAACACCGAUUGCGUUUAUUUCCUGGCCUCUCCCCUCACUUGCAAGAAGGGUGCUGAGUGUGAGUAUCGGCAUAAUGAGAUUGCGAGGCUCAACCCUAGGGAUUGCUGGUACUGGUUAUCUGGACAUUGCCUUAAUCCAACGUGUGCUUUUAGACACCCUCCAUUGGAUGGACAUACUGGAGUGCCAUCUGAACCUUCUCCAACUUCAUUACCUGCAAACAAGACAAUUGUUCCCUGUUAUUUUUUCUUCAAUGGAUUUUGCAACAAAGGUGACAGAUGCUCGUUUUUGCAUGGGCCUGGUGAUAGCUUUAUCACUGUAAAACCUUUGAAGAAUGACAAUGGAAGCACUGAUGCACUCAAAUUAGAGAAUAAAACUUCAUCGGGAAAUACAACAGGUGUAGCAUCAACACCCAUUAAAACACAAUUUGACAGAUCUUUAACUGCUCCAAAGGAUUUGUCUGAUUUUGAAUUUCAGCCUAUGGAAGAUCGUCAGCUGCCAUUAUCCAAAAAUGUUAAGGGGCAUGGUGAUUCCCUUGAGAUAUCUGCUUUAGAAUCCAAAGAAGCUACAGCGACUAGGUCGGACUCUGUGUUUCCAGAUGAUGGCUUUGUUCAUAAUAUAUCUCAUUUAGGUACUGAGCAGAGUUCAGAGGAGCAAGUAAAUAGUCACAUAGAGCCUGAGGAACGGUGGGAAUCAUCCCCUCAUUCCCCUGGAUUUGAUGUUCUUGUUCAUGAUGAAUUGGAGAAUUUGGGUUAUGAGGAAGAUUCUGAAUAUUUUCAAGUGCUUGAUAGGGAUGACCAAGAACUUAAUGAGCAAUACUUGGGGUAUGAAUUUAAAGAUUCAGUUGAGUAUGAUACUAUAUGCCCAGAAGCUGAUAUUCUGUAUGAACAAGAAACAUAUGAUGAUUACAGAUGCUUUGAUAGAGAUCUUAGUCAUGCUAAUGGCAGAACAGUUCACGCUUAUCCCAGAGAGAUAAUCUUAGAUUCUAUAUUGUCCAGGAAAAGGAUCCGAAUGUCGGCUGAAAUGGCCGCUUAUGACAAGAAGUUAGAUCUACGUGACCAUCUGAGGAGACGUAGGGAAAUUAAUGGUCCUCCUGUUACAGGUUUCUUAAGAAGACACGAAUCAUCUUCUUUGAUGGCUCGAAACCAGGAAAGGCAUCAAAGGCAUGGCAUUGAUCAGCGGCUAAGUAGAAGAUUGACAUCACAAUUGGGUUUUAGUGCUAUAGAUUCGAUUGGAGAGGUUGAAACUCUUUCAAUUGCUAACAAGCACAGAUUACUCGGGAAUUCCCAGCAACAUAGGCCAAGGAAGCAUUUUAAAGAAAAACUAGCUAAAAGGCAGUUCAUUUCAUCUAAAAUAUCCAGGAAACCCGUUUUAAAGCAAAGGAGAUUUAUUCACGAGUCCAUUACAUUUUCAGGACCUAAGACUCUUGCAGAAAUUAAAGAAGAGAAAAGGAGGGCUGAAGAAAAUAUACAUUGUAAAAGCAUGUCAUCUGAUUUUCAGGAUCCUAAACCUCUGAGUGAAAUUCUCAAGGACAAAAGGACCAUGGAUCAAGUGAGAGAUGGCAAUACCUGCCACAAAUGAAUUAUGAGAUCAAAAUGACUAAUGACUUCAAGUGACUAAUAUUUUUUCAGAAGAUAAAGGAUAAACUUGGCUGAUGAUGGUGGUCUUUCUAGCAUCCUUUACUGUGCUAGAUAUGAUGACCCUGCCAUUACCGUUAGUUGAUGAUAAGUUUUCAUUCCAAUGAGUGGAAGGUUAUGUGCGCCCCGAGGCGAAGAAGAUAGAUAUUAGAUAACCAGUGUUUGACUAGAAAGGAUAUCUUCUGUAGUUAGUUGAAUAUUUUGAUUUGGAUGAACGACGUCUUAAUCUAGAGAGUGGAUUACUGAUUUACUUUAGUUUUAUGUGUGAUUUUGGCCCCCUUUCUUUUUGCUUGUACAGAGCUUAGAAGUACUCACUACCUUGUCUCGGUCGAUGUUCUUACAUGAUAAAAUGUCCCAUCUUUGUGGAUUUUCACC